AAUUUUAAGGUUAUGUUAAUAUGUCAUCAUCGACGUCUUCUUUAAUUUUCGUUCAAAUUUCAACGGAAAUAACGCAUAUUUAUCGAUGACAAGUUGCAAAAAUUACGUAAUUAUUACCUAAAAGAACAAACGCGUCGAAUCCUGCACGAAAAUCUUGCAAAAUAUAAAAUAACAAUGAGUAGAAACGUUUUAAAAAGUAGCCUCCAAAACGCAUCGUUUAACAUUAUUUUUCAGAUCCUUUUUAGAUGUGUUACGUUCGUCUUAAACGCUUUUAUAAUACGAUACGUAGGCCAAGAUGUUUUGGGGAUAAUGAACGUUCGAUUACUACUUUUGGAGUCUACGAUUUUAUUUUUAUCGCGCGAACCACUUUUAAAAGCUUGCUUAACGGAUACUAAAUCGCAUAAUUGGGCACAAGUUAUUAAUCAGAUUUGGUUAUCGGUUCCUUUAUCUGGUUUAUUAAGUAUUUGUUUGGUUUAUGUUUGGAUUAACGUUUUAUCAUCAACGGAUGAUCAAUAUUUGAUGCAGUACCAAAUUGGUUGUUAUGCGGUUGCCUUUUCGUGCGUAAUUGACCAAAUAGCACAACCAGUUCAGUUAGUUGCGCAAAGUUAUUGUUUUGUGAAAUUAAAGGUUAUUUUUGAAACGAUUUAUAUAACGGCGAGAACAAUUACUUUUGUUAUUUUGGUUAUAAAUAACCCGGAAAAUGCGAUACAUGCGUUUUCGAUAGCUCAAGUUUCGUCGUCUUUGUUACUUUGUUUGUUGUAUUACGAAUUUUUUUAUUAUUACAUUAAGAAAUUCAACAAUAUUAAAGUCAAAGACGAUUUUAAAAGUGAUAUGGAGAAACGAUUGUUUGGUGAUAUGCAAGAUUUUAAAUUUAAAUCCAUUUUGGAUUUUAUCCCUGGAUUUAUGUCGAAUAAUGAUAAACCUUUGAAUAAAAAGUUGACAAUUUUAACGAUAAGUUUUGCGAAACAAAGUGUGAUAAAACAAGUUUUAACGGAGGGUGAAAAAUAUGUUAUGACGAUUUCACCCGUUUUAACGUUUAGCCAACAGUCGAUGUACGAUAUUGUAAAUAAUUUAGGUAGCUUAGCUGCCAGAUUUAUUUUCCGCCCGAUAGAAGAUAGUGCUUAUUUUUACUUCACCCAAAUGAUUAAAAGAGAUUCGACACUAACACAACAAGAUCAGAAAUCUGUAUCAGAAGCAACCAUAGUUUUAAGCCACUUAUGUAAAGUUGUAACAUCAAUUGGAUUAAUUGCGGUGUUUUUUGGGAACUCUUACAGUUACACUUUAUUAUUUCUUUAUGGAGGCACAAGUUUAACAGAAACGAACCUUCCAACAGUUCUCUUAAAGUGUCAUUGCAUUGCUGUUCUUCUUCUUGCUGUAAAUGGAGUUACUGAAUGUUAUGUAUUCGCUACGAUGAAUAACAAGCAAUUGGAUCGAUAUAAUUACCUUAUGGUGUUAUUCUCAAUCUCGUUUUUGUUGCUUUCUUACAUCUUAACGAUGUUUUUGGGCCCUGUUGGGUUUAUAUUUGCGAAUUGCUUAAAUAUGGCGGCUCGAAUAAUGCAUAGCGUUUAUUACAUAUCCCACAAAUACAAAGAUACAAAUUACAAACCUUUAGACGGUUUAAUUCCAGGAAAAUUCUUUAUUUUUUCGUUGAUCUUAUCAUUAUUUGUAACAAAAUGGUCAGAGCACUUUUAUUUAGAAAAUGUCACCAUGAAAUCAACCUUAAUUCACAUAUUAAUAGGAGCCAUAUGCUUUUUAAUAACAAUUUCAAUUUGGGUUUACGAAAAUAAGCACUUGGCAACAAUCGGAUUUAACAAAUACAAAAGGAGGUUAUCCUUUAAAAGUGAUUAAAUAAAAAUUAAAAAGAAA